GCUGCAGGCAGCAUGGCGCAGUGGCAGGAGGUGCAGAGCUUGGCCAACGCCUACCUGGAGCAGGUCCACCAGCUGUACGCAGGGGCGGCGCUGCCCAUGGCGGUGCGGCAGUGCCUGGCCGCCUGGAUUGAAGACCAGAACUGGCGCCAGGCGGCCGAGCCGCUCUCUUCCCAUGCCCGGAUGCUCUUCCACUCCUUGCUGGCGCUGCUGGGUGAGCGCCUGGGCAGCCCAGGGCUGGGCGACGAGGACUUCAUGCUGAAGCACAACCUGCGCAAGGCCCGCCGCGACCUCCAGGCCGAGUUCGAGGAGUGCCCAGAGAAGUUUGCCAACCUGGUGGCCAACCUGCUGCAGGAGGAGCGGCGGAUCCUGCGCCUGGGGCAGGCGGGGGGGCAGGGUGGGGCCGCCCCGGCGCCCAGCGCACCCCCGGGGAGCGACCGGGAGCAGCAGAUCCAGCGACGCCUGGCCGAGUUCCACGCGGCCCUGCAGGAGGCCGAACGCACCUUCCGGCACCUGGAGGACCUGCAGGACACCUUUGACUUCUGCUUCAAGGUGCACUACCUGCCGGGCGAGGACAGGGCCAGCGACCCCCAGUACACCCAGCAGAUCCAAGCCCUCCAGGCCAAGCUGCAGAUCCUGGACCGGCAGCGGCGGGAGGUGCUGGCUCAGAUGCAGCAGCUUCUGGGGCGCAGCGAGACCCUGCGGGACUUCCUGCAGCAGGAGCUGGGGGCCUGGCAGGAGCGGCAGCAGCGCGCCUGCCUGGGGGCCCCCGCCGACACGCGCCUGUGCCUGCUGGAGACCUGGUUCACGGAGCUUGGCCAGGGGCUUUUCCAGCUGCUGCAGCUGCUGCGGGCGUUGGGGGACCUGCGGCAGAAGGUGACCUACGAGAGGGACCCGCUGAAGGCAGAGACCCCCCUCCUGGAGCAGCGGCUGCGGGAGCUGCUCAGCUACCUGCUGCAGAGGGCCUUCGUGGUGGAGCAGCAGCCCAGCAUGCCCAACACCUGCAAGCGUCCGCUGGUGCUGCGCACGGCCAGCAAGUUCUCGGCCCGCGCCCGCCUGCUCGUCCGCCUCCACGACCGCAACCACCGCAUGGAGGCCAAGAUCCACAUCGACAGGGACCCCCCCAAGAUAAAAGGGUUUCGCAAGUUCAACAUCCUGACAUCGAGCAGCAAAACCCUUCUGGCAGGGGACAGUCCCCAGGACGGGCUGGUCUGCGACUUCCAGUACCUCACGCUGAAGGAGCAGAAGGACAGCAGGUCGGGCAAGGGCAGCAAAGGCGCCGGCGAGGGUCCCCUGGUCGUGACGGAGGAGCUGCACCUCAUCACCUUCACGCUGGCGUACGCCUACUGCGGGCUGGAGCUGGAGCUGGAGACCUCCACUCUGCCCUUCGUCAUCAUCUCCAACAACAACCAGUUCUCCAGUGCCUGGGCCUCCAUCCUCUGGUUCAACAUGCUCAGCGGCGACCCUAAGGACCAGCACUUCUUCUCUGUGCCGCCCCCGGCGCCCUGGCCCCGGCUGGCCGAGGUGCUGAGCUGGCAGUUCGAGAGCGUGGCCGAGCGGGGCCUGAGCAAGGAGCACCUCCUCAUGCUGGCCGAGAAGCUUUUCGGCUCGAAGCCGUCUCUGGAGAGCACCCUGGCCUGGUCUAAGUUCUCCAAGGACGGUGCCUCCGGCUUCUCCUUCUGGGCCUGGCUGGACGCGAUCCUGGGGCUGCUCCAGGAGCACCUCAAGCAGCUCUGGAAGGACGGGCUCAUCCUGGGCUUCGUGAGCCGGAAGCAAGAGAAGAAGUUGCUGAAGGGGAAGCGGACGGGGACGUUCCUGAUCCGGUUCAGUGAGAGCAUCCUCGGGGGUGUCACCUGCACCUGGGUGGAGCACCCCGAGAGCGGGCCCCCCGCUUUCCGGGCGGUGGUUCCCUACACCGCGGCCGAGCUGGCGUCCCUGGCGCUGCCCGACAUCAUCCGCGACUACCAGCUGCUGGUGGAGGAGAACAUCCCCGAGAAUCCCCUCCUGUUCCUGUACCCCGACACCGCUCGCGACGAGGCCUUUGGGCCCUACUACAGCCAUCGGCAGGAGGGGAACCUGACAGAGCAGAAGAAAUACCUGAACCAGCGCCUCAUCCGCGUGUCGUCCAGGCAGGCUAAUGAGUCCUGGCAGACAGAAGAGGAAUUGGUGGCUGCUACGGAAAACCUGGAGACGCUGCAGCUGCAGCCCGGUGGCCUGGGGACACUGCAGCCCGGUGGCCUGGGGACACAGCAGCCCGGUGGUCCGUCACCGCUGCCGCCCGGGAGCUCAGGGACGCUGCAGCCCAGGGGCCCAGGGACGCUGCAGGUGAUGGCCAGGAGCCCGGGGACGCUGCAGCCCGGGAGCCCAGCGGUGCUGCAGCCCUCAAGCCCAGGGAUGCUGCAGGUGAUGGUCACAAGCCCGGGGAUGCUGCAGCCAGGGCCCCAAGGCCUGGAGCCACCACGGCCGCUGCAGGUGGGAUCGGGGGUCUCAGAGAUGCUGCAGUCAGGGAUUGGGGACCUGGAGCCACAGCUGGUGCUGCAGCUGGUCCCCGAGGGCCAGGGGACGCUGCAGGUGGGACCGGGGGGUGUGGGGACGCUGCAGGUGCUGCCUGGGGGGCUGGGGGUGCUGCAGCAAGUGGGACCUGAGGACCAGGGGACACAGCAAGCGGGACCUGGGGCCGUGGAGCCGCAGCUGGUGUUGCAGCUGGUGCCUGAGGGCCAGGGGACGCUGCAGGUGGGACCUGGGGGCUCGGGGACACUGCAGGUGCUGCCUGGGGGACUGGGGACGCUGCAGCCGGUGGCCGGGGACACAGGGAUCCUGCAGCAAGUGGGAGCUGGGGACGCGGGGCUGCUGCCGCUGGUGCUGGAGACUGUGGAGCCGCUGCUGGUCCCCGAGGGGCAGGAGACGCUGCCACCAGAGCUGAGGGGCCUGGAGCCGCUGCCUGGGAGCGCAGACAUGCGGGACCUCCUGCAGUCGCUGGUGGAGGAGCUGGAGCCGGGCUCGGGGAUGCUGGAGGGGCUGGAGCCAGCGGAGCUGAUGCCUGACGCGCUGGAGGCCACGGACGAGGGGCUGGGCCCUGAGCUGGCGGGCAGCGCCGCUCUCCUGGACGCCAGCGACCCGUUCCUGCCGCAGCCCGAGGAUGCAGCCCUGCCCGCCGCCAGCUCCCUCUUUGCCGCCGCCGCUGACUUCCCCCUGCUCCACAUCGACGCCAACGACUUCCAGUGA